AUGAAGACCAUUGUGUUGCCAGUUAAAGACCGACAUGGGUGGGAAGUGGCAUCUGAAGAUGGAAACCAUGUUUACCAAGUGCACAAAAUUAAUGAACAUUGUCCAGAAAGUCACUGCAGUUUAAAGUGUCAUUCCUGCAAAGAAACAUGCCUGCACACCUUUUCCUGCACUUGCAUAAACAGUCUUAUGCAUGGAACCAUAUGCAAACACAUACACAAGGUAUCCAUGAAUUUAGCAGAAACUACUGGCAACAUUAAUUAUGGACCUUCUGCUUUAUACACAUCAGAAAAUCAAGGUCAUGAUUUGCAUGAAUCUGACUAUGCAAGUGAAGUCAAAGAGUUGGUAUCAGAGAUUAAGCGCUGCAGUACAGCACAAUGUGAUGUUGCUGCUUUGCAAGUGAAGGUAAGAGGAAAACUUUUACAACUGUUGAAUGAAGUUGAACAUUGCACUAAUAAGGAGGCUCUCCUUGAACUGGACAAAGGACUAUCUGCAAAGCAUUUCCUUUUUGAAUCUAUGCAGAAAUCCACCCCAGCAAAUCUGAUCCUCAAACAAAAUGGUCCAGCCAACAAGAACAUGGACAGACAGAGGCAGUUCUUCUCCAACAAGAGAAAGAGGAAAAGGCAGGACAAUAUUAGGUACUCAAAGCCAACACGGGAAGAGAAAGAAAACCUGUUCAGGAGCAGAGGUCAGUAA